CAGUCCCCGCAGCCGCCGCGGCCUCCCCGCCUCCUGCUCCGCGCCGCGCACGUGGCCGCUCCCCGCUCCGCGCCCCACGUGCCGGCCCCGCCAUGGGCUGCCUGGUGCUGCAGGACGGGGCCGUGAUCCGGGGCCGCCCCUUCGGGGCCGCGCGCUCCGCCGCCGGGGAAGUGGUCUUCCAGACCGGCAUGGUGGGUUACCCCGAAGCCUUGACAGACCCCUCCUACAAAUCCCAGAUCCUGGUGCUGACCUACCCUCUGAUUGGGAACUAUGGCGUCCCGCAGGAUGAGCCUGACCAGUACGGCCUCAGCAGGUGGUUCGAGUCCAGCAAGAUCCACGUGUCGGCGCUGAUCGUGGGCGAGUGCUCGCAGAUCCCCAGCCACUGGAGCGCCGUGCGCUCGCUGGACCAGUGGCUGAAGGAGCAGAACAUUCCUGGGCUGGAAGGGGUGGACACGAGGGCCCUGACGAAGCGGAUCCGAGAGAAGGGGGCGCUGCUGGGCAGGCUGGUGCUGGAUGGGGCCCAAGAGAGGAACGUGCCCUUCGAGGACCCCAACAAGCGGCACCUGGUGCGGGAGGUGUCGGUGAAGGAACCCAGAGUGUUCAACCCCAGCGGCUCGGUCAGGAUCACGGCUGUGGAUUGUGGCCUGAAGUUCAACCAGAUCCGGUGCCUGUGCCAGCGGGGGGCGGCUGUGACCGUGGUGCCCUGGGACCACCCCCUGGACAGCGCAGAGUUUGACGGGCUGUUCAUCAGCAAUGGGCCCGGGGACCCGCUCUCGUGCUCACAGACCAUCGCCAGCCUGCGCCGGCUGCUGGCUGAGCCCCAGCCCAAGCCCGUCUUCGGUAUCUGCCUGGGGCAUCAGCUGCUUGCACUGGCCAUCGGCGCCCAGACCUACAAGAUGAAGUACGGGAACCGAGGCCACAACCAGCCCUGCAUCCACGAGGACUCCCAGCGCUGCUUCAUCACCUCGCAGAACCACGGCUUCGCGGUGGAGCCGGGUAGCCUGCCCCCGGGCUGGGCUGUGCUCUUCACCAACGCCAACGACCACUCCAACGAGGGCCUGGUGCACCACACCCAGCCCUUCUUCAGCGUUCAGUUUCACCCAGAGCACCGGGCCGGCCCCACAGACCUCGAAGGCCUCUUUGACGUCUUCCUGGAGACUGUGCGGGACCUGAGCACUGGCAGCCAGAACUCCAGAACAGUGCGCGAGAGGCUGCGGGAGUGGCUGGUGUACAAGGAGCCCCCGGCGGACAGGGACGCAGCCCGGCCCCGCAAGGUGCUUAUCCUGGGCUCGGGGGGCCUCUCCAUAGGGCAGGCCGGGGAGUUCGACUACUCCGGCUCGCAGGCCAUCAAGGCGCUGAAGGAGGAGAACAUCCAGACGGUGCUGAUCAACCCCAACAUCGCCACGGUGCAGACCUCCAAGGGGCUGGCCGACAAGGUGUACUUCCUGCCCCUCACGCCGGAGUACGUCACGCAGGUGAUAAAGAACGAGCGGCCGGACGGCAUCCUGCUGACCUUCGGGGGCCAGACGGCGCUGAACUGCGGGGUGGCGCUGACCCAGGGCGGGGUGCUGGCCCGGUACCGGGUGCGGGUGCUGGGCACGCCCAUGGCCUCCAUCGAGAUGACGGAGGAUCGCAAGGUCUUCGUGGAGAAGAUGGAGGAGAUCGACGAGCACGUGGCCCCCAGCGAGGCGGCCUCCUCCCUGGAGCAGGCGCUGGCCGCGGCCUCGAGGCUGGGCUACCCGGUGCUGGUGCGCUCGGCCUACGCCCUCGGGGGCCUGGGCUCCGGCUUCGCCAACAGCCGGGAGGAGCUGACGGCGCUGGUGAGCCAGGCCUUCGCGCACACCUCCCAGGUGCUGGUGGACAAGUCCCUGAAGGGCUGGAAGGAGAUCGAGUACGAGGUGGUGCGCGACGCCUACGACAACUGCAUCACCGUCUGUAACAUGGAGAACCUGGACCCGCUGGGCAUUCACACGGGCGAGUCCAUCGUGGUGGCUCCCAGCCAGACGCUGAACGACCGGGAGUACAACAUGCUGCGCCACACGGCCAUCAAGGUGGUCCGGCACCUGGGCAUCGUGGGCGAGUGCAACAUCCAGUACGCGCUGAACCCCGAGUCGGAGCAGUAUUACAUCAUCGAGGUAAACGCCCGGCUCUCGCGAAGCUCUGCCCUGGCCAGCAAGGCGACCGGCUACCCACUGGCCUACGUGGCAGCCAAACUAGCUCUGGGCAUCCCCCUGCCCGUCCUCAGGAACUCUGUCACCAACUCCACCACGGCCAACUUUGAGCCCAGCCUGGAUUACUGCGUGGUGAAGAUCCCGCGCUGGGACCUCAGCAAGUUCCUGCGAGUUAGCACCAAGAUCGGCAGCUCCAUGAAGAGUGUGGGGGAGGUCAUGGCCAUCGGGCGGAACUUCGAGGAGGCCUUCCAGAAGGCGCUGCGCAUGGUGGAUGAGAACUGCGUAGGCUUUGACCACACCGUGAAGCCAGCCUCCGACGUGGAGCUGGAGACACCCACUGACAAACGGAUCUUCGUGCUGGCGGCUGCCCUGCGAGCCGGCUACCCGAUUGAGCGGCUCUACGAGCUGACCAAGAUUGACCGCUGGUUCCUGCACAAGAUGAAGAACAUCACGGACCACGCGGUGCGGCUGGAGUCCUACCGCGAGGGGCAGAGCUCCAUGCCCCCUGACGUGCUCAAGAAAGCCAAGCAGCUGGGCUUCUCCGACAAGCAGGUGGCCUUGGCCGUGCUCAGCACGGAGCUGGCCGUGAGGAAGAUGCGGCACGAUCUGAAGAUCCUGCCCAUGGUGAAGCAGAUCGACACGGUGGCGGCAGAGUGGCCGGCGCAGACCAAUUACCUGUACCUGACGUACAACGGGACGGAGCACGACCUGGCCUUCCGCGAGCCCCACGUCAUGGUGAUCGGCUCCGGUGUCUACCGCAUCGGCAGCAGCGUGGAGUUCGACUGGUGCGCCGUGGGCUGCAUCCAGGAGCUGCGCAAGAUGGGCUACAAGACCAUCAUGGUGAACUACAACCCGGAGACAGUGAGCACCGACUACGACAUGUGCGACCGCCUCUACUUCGACGAGAUCUCCUUCGAGGUGGUGAUGGAUAUCUACGAGCUGGAGAGCCCCGAGGGCGUGAUCCUGUCCAUGGGGGGACAGCUGCCCAACAACAUCGCCAUGGCGCUGCACCGGCAGCAGUGCCGCAUCCUGGGCACCUCCCCCGAGGCCAUCGACUCGGCCGAGAACCGGUUCAAGUUCUCCCGCCUGCUGGACACCAUCGGCAUCAGCCAGCCCCUCUGGAAGGAGCUCUCCGACAUGGAGUCGGCCAAGCAGUUCUGCUGCAAGGUGGGCUACCCGUGCGUGGUGCGCCCCUCCUACGUGCUGAGCGGGGCCGCCAUGAACGUGGCCUACUCCGACAGCGACCUGGAGAAGUUCCUGUGCAAUGCCGUGGCCGUGUCCAAGGAGCAGCCCGUCGUCAUUUCCAAGUUCAUCCAGGAGGCCAAGGAGAUCGACGUGGACGCCGUGGCCUGCGACGGCGCGGUGGUGGCCAUCGCCAUCUCGGAGCAUGUGGAGAACGCGGGCGUGCACUCGGGGGAUGCCACGCUGGUGACGCCGCCCCAGGACAUCACGCCCAAGACCCUGGAGCGGAUCCAGGCCAUUGUUCACGCCAUCGGGCAGGAGCUGCUGGUCACGGGGCCUUUCAACCUGCAGCUUAUUGCCAAGGACGACCAGCUGAAGGUGAUCGAGUGCAACGUGCGCGUCUCCCGCUCCUUCCCCUUCGUCUCCAAGACGCUGGGGGUGGACAUGGUGGCCCUGGCCACCCAGGUGAUCAUGGGCGAGGAGAUGGAGCCGGUGGGGCUGAUGACAGGCACUGGGGUCGUCGGAGUCAAGGUUCCCCAGUUCUCCUUCUCGCGGCUGGCGGGGGCAGACGUGGUGCUGGGCGUGGAGAUGACCAGCACGGGCGAGGUGGCCUGCUUUGGGGAGAACCGCUGUGAGGCCUACCUGAAAGCCAUGCUGAGCACCGGCUUUAAGAUCCCCAAGAAGAACAUCCUGCUGACCAUCGGCAGCUACAAGAACAAGAGCGAGCUGCUGCCGACAGUGCGCACGCUGGAGAGCCUGGGCUACAACCUGUACGCCAGCCUGGGCACUGCCGACUUCUACACCGAGCACGGCGUCCAGGUGGUGGCUGUGGACUGGCACUUCGAGGAGGCGGACGGCAGCGAGGCCGGGGCCAAGGAGACCCAGCGCAGCAUCAUGGACUACUUGGCCGAGAACCACUUUGAGCUGGUCAUUAACCUCUCCAUGCGCAACGCCGGGGGGCGCCGGCUCUCGUCCUUCGUCACCAAGGGCUACCGCACCCGGCGCCUGGCCGUCGACUACUCCGUGCCCCUCAUCAUCGACAUCAAGUGCACCAAGCUCUUCGUGGAGGCCCUGGGCCAGAUCGGGACGGCCCCCCCGCUGAAGAUGCACGUGGACUGCAUGACCUCCCAGAAGCUCAUCCGCCUGCCAGGGCUGAUCGACGUGCACGUGCACACACGGGAGCCGGGCGCCACCCACAAGGAGGACUUCGCCUCGGGCACGGCGGCCGCCCUGGCAGGGGGCGUCACCCUGGUGUGUGCCAUGCCCAACACCCGCCCCGCCCUUGUCGACGCCAGCUCCUUGGCCCUGGUGCAGAAGCUGGCGGAGGCGGGCGCGCGCUGUGACUUCGCCCUGUACCUGGGGGCCACGUCGGACAACGCCGGCUCCCUGGGCCCCGUGGCCGGCACAGCUGCCGGGCUCAAGAUGUACCUGAACGACACCUUCUCCGAGCUCAAGAUGGACAACGUCUCGCUGUGGAUGGAGCACUUCGAGCAGUGGCCGAGGCACCUGCCCAUCGUGGCGCACGCGGAGAAGCAGACGGUGGCGGCGAUUCUCAUGGUGGCCCAGCUGUACCAGCGCCCCGUGCACAUCUGCCACGUGGCACGCAAGGAGGAGAUCCUCAUCAUCAAGGCCGCCAAGCAGAAGGGCAUCCAGGUGACGUGUGAGGUGGCGCCGCACCACCUCUUCCUGUGCCAGGACGACAUUGGCCGCAUCGGGGAGGGGCGCGCCCAGGUACGGCCCAUGCUGGGCACCCGUGAGGACCUGGAGGCGCUGUGGGAGAACAUGGACACCAUCGACUGCUUCGCCACAGACCACGCUCCCCAUACGAUGGAGGAGAAGCAAGGGAAGGAGCCACCCCCGGGCUACCCCGGCCUGGAGACCAUGCUGCCCCUGCUGCUGACGGCCGUCUCCGAGGGGCGCCUCGCCAUCGAGGAUGUGGUCAAGCGUCUCUACGAGAACCCCCGCAAGAUCUUCUCCCUGCCCGCGCAGGACGACACCUACAUCGAGGUGGACCUGGAGCACGAGUGGAUCGUCCCCAGCCACAUGGCCUUCAGCAAGUGCCAGUGGACGCCGUUUGAGGGCAUGAAGGUGAAGGGGACGGUGCGGAGGGUGAUCCUGCGUGGGGAGGUUGCCUACAUCGACGGGCAGGUGCUGGUGCCCCCUGGCUACGGCCAGGACGUGAGGAAAUGGCCCACGGGGGCAGUGACUGUGCCGCCUCCUGCCCCAGCCAAGGAGACUCUGAAGACCCCCGAGCGCCCCCGGCACACGGUGCAGAGCGAGACCCUGCGUAGCCGAGCGUCCAGCCCCCGGCGAGCGGGCCCCGUGGGAGACGGGCGCUUCCACCUGCCGCCCCGCAUCCACCGGGCCUCGGACCCCGGCCUGCCAGCCGAGGACGUGAGAGAAAAGGUCACCAAGAAGGCCACCGAGCCAGAUCUGGCUGUGACCCAGGACAGCUGCUGCUACCCGCCGGGGCUGCUGCCCAGACAGACGUCGCCCCCGAGCGCGCCCCACCCACAGACCUCCCCCCUGCUGCACCCCCUCGUCGGGCAGCACGUCCUCUCCGUCAAGCAGUUCACCAAGGAGCAGAUGUCCCACCUCUUCAACGUGGCGCACAACCUGCGCAUGCUGGUGCAGAAGGAGCGGAGCCUGGACAUCCUCAAGGGGAAGGUCAUGGCCUCCAUGUUCUAUGAGGUGAGCACCAGGACCAGCAGCUCCUUCGCGGCGGCCAUGUACCGCCUGGGGGGCUCCGUCCUGGCCUUCUGCGAGUCCAUGUCCUCGGCCCAGAAGGGCGAGUCCCUGGCCGACUCGGUGCAGACCAUGUGCUGCUACGCGGACGUGCUGGUGCUGCGCCACCCCCAGCCGGGGGCUGUGGAGCUGGCUGCCAAGCACUGCCGGAAGCCGGUGAUCAAUGCCGGGGAUGGCGUCGGGGAGCACCCCACGCAGGCCCUGCUGGACAUCUUCACCAUCCGCGAGGAGCUCGGCACCGUUAACGGCAUGACGAUCACCAUGGUGGGGGACCUGAAGCACGGGCGAACGGUGCACUCGCUGGCCUGUCUCCUGACGCAGUACCGCGUCAACCUGCGCUACGUCACGCCCCGCGACCUCCGCAUGCCCGCCGACAUCAUCCACUUCGUCGCCUCCAAGGGCAUCAAGCAGGAGGAGUUCGACAGCCUCGAGGAGGCUCUCCCCGACACGGACGUGCUGUACGUCACCCGCAUCCAGAAGGAGCGAUUCGACUCCGUGCAGGAGUACGAGGCGUGCUUCGGGCAGUUCAUCCUCACCCCACACAUCAUGACCAGGGCCAAGAGGAGGAUGGUGGUCAUGCACCCGCUGCCUCGUGUCAAUGAGAUCAGUGUGGAGGUGGACUCGGACCCGCGGGCAGCCUACUUCCGCCAGGCUGAGAACGGCAUGUACAUCCGGAUGGCACUGCUGGCCACGGUGCUCGGCAGGUACUAGGCCCCCCACCUGGGCAGUGCCAGCUGCGGCAGGAACCCCCGGGCUCCAGACCUGGUUAGCGAUGGACGGACCCACGGACGGACCCAGCUCCUUCCCCCCCACGAGCGACAGGGCCUGCGCCGAGCAAGGCCUCCCUCUGAGCCAGGGGGCGGGGGCUGGGCAGCGGGCAGGGCCAUGCCAGCUGGCUGGUUGAGGCUCAGAACGGGUCAUACUUGUAUCAUUCCAGGGGCAGAUCAGCCUGCAUGUGCUGUGGGGAGGGAGUGAGGUGGGGUGCGCUGCCCCUUCCCCAGACUCUGGGGCUCCCACGCUCCCUGGUAUCUGGGUUGAGGUGGCCCCUGCUGGCUUCCCGGGUACCUGUCCUCCUCCAGCUGGGGUCUGGGGCUGGCUCCCUUCGGCGGCUGGUAGUGGAGUCCAGGCUGUUCCCCGGCCCUCCUGGGCCACGGUUCAUUGUGACGGUUCCUAGCCCGCCCCCAGGAGAAUCUCCCUUCCCAGCAUGGGCAUGUGCUCUGGCUCCAGCUAACCCCGGCCCCCCCUGGCCUCCUCCCCCCCCCCCCCGCUUCAGCCCCCCGAGGCUGUGGCUCCCCAGUCACAGGGGUCAGGGGCCUCUUUUCCCCAGGUCUCCCUCCCCCUUUCCUCCACUUGCUGAGCAGCCCGUCUCUUGGAGCAGGAGUUUGGUCACCCCCAAGCCGUGUCCCUGGGCGUGAGCCUGGCCUUGAGCACAGUGAGGGGCAGAGCACGUUCCGCCCUGCUGGCCCCAUGGCGAGGGGGGCUGAGCGGCAUCUGUUCAGCGACUUUUCUACACCCACCACUGUGAACUGAAUGGCUUUCCUUGGGUUUAAUAAACUGAGCUGGAUGCA